AUGGGAAGCGUCAUUCAUUUGCUCCUAUGUCUGUGCACGCUGCAUCUUUCGGCCACUUUCGGCACUGACGUGAAUGCGUACAGCAGCCGAUGGGAACCGGCACAUAACAGGACCGGCGGUGCUGCUGCGAGGAGGGUUAGAGCUGUUAGCGGCCCAAUACCCAUCAACUGCAAACUGGGGAGCUGGUCAACAUGGACGCAGUGUAACGCUUGCACAGACCAAAAGUUCCGUUUCCGCUACCUGGAGAAACCGUCCCAAUUUGGCGGCACGCCGUGCUUGGAGACGUUGUGGGAGACGCUGGCUUGUCCGACAGCGAGCGGCCAGUGUUUGGUGCCGGAUUACUGUGGCGACGCGAGCUUCACCUGCAAAGAAUCAGGCCGCUGCAUCAGCCGGUCCCUUCGCUGCAAUGGAGAGGCAGACUGUGAUGACUUUUCAGACGAGGAGGCUUGCGACGACUUCAAGCGGCGCAACGACGAGUGCUCCGCCAUCCUCAGCAUCCCCGGUGCUGAGCGUGGCACUCAGGGCUACAAUGCCUUGACGGGAGAAUUUGUGAAUCACGUGCUUGACCCAAAGUACUUUGGAGGAAAAUGUGAAUAUGUGUAUAACGGUGAAUGGAGAAAAUUCACCUAUGACUCCUUCUGUGAAAAUCUGCACUACAAUGAAGAUGAGAAAACCUACAGGCAACCUUACAACUACCAUGCCUACCGCUUUGUGGCAGAGGCGACAUCGGAGGGCACUCAGGAAUAUUACAGCAACGCGGUCAGCCUGUUAAACGCCAGGAAAACGUUGAGAUCCUUCAACGCCGGCGUCUCGGUCGGCAUCCAUUAUGUGCAAGUGGGACUGAGUGGAAGUAAGGAGUCUGAGUUUCUCAGGAAUAUAUCGCAGCAUAAAAGCCAGGACCUUGGGUUCAUCAGGAUUUGGUCCAAGGUGGAAACAGCUCACUUCAAGAUGAGAAGUAAUAGGCUGAUGCUCCAUGAGGAUUUCUACCUGUCACUGAUGGAACUGCCAGAGCAAUAUGACUUUGGCAUGUAUUCCCGCUUCUUCAACUCCUUUGGUACCCACUAUGUCACGGAGGGAGCGAUGGGAGGAACGCUGGAAUACGUGGUGGUGGUCAACAAAACAUCCAUGGCUGAAUCAAAACUUGAAUGGAAAAAGGCUGGUUCGUGCAUAGGCGCCGCUAUUGGUCUGAGCAGUCCAGUCGGCAGUUACGGACAGGCAGAUCUCACCGUGGGAGGAGAAAUAUGUAAAAAACCUGGGCCUUUACUACAUGUCACAAACAGUGGUUCAGCUGUGAUUAAAGACGUUCUCACGCUGGUGAAGGGCGGUUACACAGACACCAGCAGCGCCUUGUUGGUCAUCAGGGAUCCUGACACCUAUCGCAAGUGGGGGGCAAGCCUUAAGUACAACCCGACAGUCGUUGAACAUGAGAUCAUGCCAAUCCAUGAGCUCGUGAGAUUCAGCACAGCUUCUGAUCAAGUUGGAGCCAGACUGGCCAACCUGCAGAGGGGAUCGGAGGAGUAUGAGCAGCAGUUCAGCUCUUGCCGCUGCGACCGCUGCAGGCACAAUGGGAUCCCCGUGCUCGCCGGGACGUCCUGCAGCUGCAUCUGUAAGCCGGGCUACCAAGGAGAAGCAUGCGAGGACACCCGUCGAGCUGGAACAGGAACGGAUGGGUCGUGGUCCUGCUGGGGAGUUUGGUCUGCGUGCACAUCGGGGAGGAAACAGCGGACCAGGGCCUGCGAUAAUCCGCCACCCGAUGGAGGCGGAGCUACGUGCCUAGGCUCCUCCUCUCGGUCGCAACGCUGUUGAAGUAACAAGCUUCGU